CACAAGUCGCCCCGUAAUUGGCUGCUGGAUCGAGGACAGAGCGACGGCCAAGCAGGAGCGGCUGAGAGAGAGGCUCCAGUGACUCUUAACACUGGCCAAACACUGGCCAAUCUGCUGAUUCUCAACCUGGCAACUGAAUCCAACUGUUAGUUAAUCGGCCUGAGGCGCUGUGUUUCCACCCAGCGCUGAUUCCGAGUCUCAGUCCAGGUUCUUUGGUGUUUGUCGCGCCAAACGCGCCGGCGUCCAAGAUGCCCAGAUGCUCCUUCUUCUCCGGGCUUCGCCCCAGGUCCAUCCGGGCCGGCGACGACGAGGUUGCGGAUGGCGGCAACUUCAAUGAGAAAUGCGCCCGGCGGCUUCGGGACUGGCCCGCUCUCGUCUUGACAGUGCUCAGGCUUCUGCAGGUCGUUUACUUCGUCUUUGCGUAUUUCUCGCUUUACGGCUUCCAGAGAUCGAGUUACUUCCGCGAGGAUGGACCGUGGCAGCACACGCCGAACGAGAUACGUCAUGCGCAACGGAUGAUGCGCUGGGCCCGGAUGCAGGCUACUGUAAGCUUGGUUUACCAUGCCGCUGUCCUUGUUGUCCCUUGGCUGCUCCGUCUCUUGAGGGCGACGACAAAGCGGCCCUUCACCGGCUUGGGUGCGGUUUUUGGCGACGGAUGUGCGAUGGUGGCCCUACUCAACACGUUAUGCACGUUGGAAACCGCCCACGAGGGCUACUGUCACAACCCUCCCCAAGGAGGUGCCUUCGACUUGCGCGAUAUGAUGAAUUUCAGCUACGGUGGCGUCCAUCACCACAUGAGCCACCGUUCUAUCUGCCAGUCUCUCGAUGUGAUUUUUGGACUUGGAGCCCUCGUCAUCCUUUCGCAUUUUAUUACCGCCGUUGCCACCGCCUGGCGUGCGAAGCGGUCGUUCCAAACAGUCCUUGCCAAGGUUGGGUCGGCCGCCGGUGACAUCGAGCAGGGAGUGAUUCGGGGUCACGUUCGUGAAGAAUCGAUCGCGUCAGCGACUCCCCAGCGACGACAUUCACCGCCGCCCUCAUAUCACUCGGUGAUCCCCGAGCCGGCUCAGGAUGAUCAAGACUACACCGAGCGUGCCACACCAUCUCAAGAGCUGCGAAGCCGGGCCUCGGUAGAGACGACGUCGUCUCUUGGACUCGAGAGGUACGGAUACCUCGUAUCGGAUGGGUGGCGUGCCCCGGAGCAACCGCCGGUGUACUCGAGCAGGCCAUCAAGUCUGCGUCAGGUGGUGGCCUGAGAUGUGUCGCCGCUAGAGUUGGACUCUGCUGACUCCCCUGGGCGUCAUCUGGGAACUUGUUGGAAACGCCGCGUGAUACCCGAGCUAUAUAGCUGUAAUGAUAAUUCAUUUUGUACCUG